CAUCUUCAAAACCCAGAAGCCUCAUUCAUCUUCCUCCUCCUCCUUCCUCUCCCACCAAAACCAUCAUCACCGCCCAAACCCCCACCCAGAACCAUCUCAACCGAAAUCUCCAAUUGAAUCCACCACUGUACCCCAGAACAAACAGCCGACAAAGAACCAAAUAAUGGUUCAUAUGUGGAUUUUCAAUGUGAUUGGUCCACCUAGAUCAUGGGUUAUUUAACCCAAAUAUUACCAUGGGUCAUUUAGACAACCCCUUAUAAAAAUGAUCAAGUUACACCCUUCAUUUGGUUAUUAUAGUAAAUUAAUCUAAAAAAUAUAAACUAAAAAAAAAGUUUUGCCACCGUUCACGGUCUUGGUAACUCAUUUGUUCAUCGUACAAAGGAAAUGCGAUGCUGGUAGGUUGCAGCAGGUUUCUCUCCAGAGUACACUGGGUUCUCAAAUUUACCAAUACAUAUGUUGCAUCAAGGCCUACACACUAUUGUUUUCAGAGACAGAGCGAUUAUCAUUGUUUAAGCUGUGAUUUUAUCAUGGGUGGUAGUGGUAGAAAAAAGAGAAUAUGCAUUGAUGACCUUGGCAAGGAACAGAAACUAAUGACUUCUAUCUGGAGACCAGUUUCCACUAAAGCCAGUUCCUCUCAAGAAAGCUUGAUGAAGGAUUCAACAAUUGAGUCAGGAGAUGGAGGUCAAAUUCAAGAAGUGGGUAGUAACACAUCUACAACUAUGGGUGAAACUACUGAACCAGCUACUAGUUCUAGUCCACUGCAGGAGAAUAUUGAAAACAAAAUGCGAGACUCAUCUCUCUCCGCUGAAAAACAUUCAGUAUCUGUGAAGGUUGGUGCUCCUCUAUUUCGUUUUAUUAAAGGAAAAGGGGGAUACACACAGAAAAGGAUAGAAGACGAGAUGAAGGUUAAGAUAAUAUUUCCUUCUUCAAAAGAAGAGGAAUUCGUCACUGUUGAAGGCAUUUCAAUUGAUGGUGUGGCUUCAGCUUCAGAGAAGAUACAGGAAAUAAUUGAUGAGGCUGUUAGGAGUCGAAAUCUUGAUUAUUCACACUUCGUGUCCCUUCCACUAGCCAUCUAUCCUGAGUUAGUCGAUAAACUAUUUGAUUUUCAACACUCUAUUUUGGGAGAUGGUGAUUCUUGCAUAGAUGAGAAUCUUGAUACUGACUCCAAUGAGGAUGAGGACACUACUGUUGUCGAAGAAGCGGACCAGUUGUCAAAGAAAAAUGCUGAUGUUGCAGUUGAGCUUAAAGUCGCUGAUGACAGUGAAUCAGUUAAAGUUAAUCUUACUAACAUACCACUUGUCAGUUAUGCACCUAAAGCAUCAAAGUCAUCUGCUCCUUCUGACUUGGGAAUUGACAAAUCUAUAUUCAUCAAGCCUAAAACAUUUCACCUUACAGUACUGAUGCUGAAGCUUUGGAACAAAGAUAGAGUUAAGACAGCUACUGAGAUUGUGCAGAAUAUUUCCUCUAAAGUCAUUGAAGCCUUGGAUAAUCGGCCUGUCUCCAUAAGAUUAAAAGGACUGGAGUGCAUGAAAGGUUCUAUGGCUAAAGCCCGUGUUCUAUAUGCUCCUGUGGAAGAAAUUGGUUGCGAGGGUCGUCUUUUUCGUGCUUGUCAAGUCAUAAUUGAUGCAUAUGUUGAAGCUGGGCUUGUCUUAGAGAAUGAUGCUAACCAGAGACUGAAGUUUCACGCCACCGUGAUGAAUUCAAGGCAUAGGAAAAGGGCAAAGCAGAAAAGGAAUGUAGACUCUUUUGAUGCACGGGGCAUAUUCAAGCAGUAUGGAUCAGAGGACUGGGGGGAGUAUCUUAUUCGUGAAGCUCAUCUGUCGCAGAGAUUUUCAUUUGAUGAAAAGGGAUACUAUCAUUGCUGUGCUUCAAUACCUUUUCCUGAAAAUAUGCAGGUAGAGUAAUUGAUAUGGUGUUAUUGCUAUUGCCUUACUUUCUCCUAUGUGGAAUGAGGAUUUAUUGAAGUCAAUUCUCAAAGUAUAUUCAACAUGAGAUUUAGGGUACUAUUCAGGCAAGAUGAGAUUUUUCAGUUUGUAAUGAAGAGGACAAAUGAUUGUGGCUUUGUCACUUGUCUUAUAUUGUGUCUUGGUCACGCGUUUGAACUGUGUAGAAUUGUGUUAUUUUAUAAGCUACAAGCUGUAGCUUCUGUGAAAAUGCAUCAUGGAAACAAGUUUUACUCAA